AGCGUCAUUUCAUCCUUGUUUAACAUCAAGUAAAAAACAAGGAUAGAACGAUGCUUGUGUAACACGAUUGUCAAGUGGAACCAAUUUAUCGAUGUAUCAACGUCGAUAUGAAUGUGUCAUUAUGAAAAAAAUUAGAUUUUUGCACUUUCUUAUUUUAAAAUGAUGAAUAUUUAUUUUACGUAAAACAUCCGGAUAAGUAAAUUCGUAAUACAUAAGAAAGAGACAGAGAUAACAUUCUACUAAGGAAUCUGAGAAAGAUCUGCUCACACAACUUUGUUUACAUUGCCUAAAAGAAGGAAUAAUUUAACAAGUUCCUACAAUAUUAUAUAAAAUGGAUAACAUACAAGAAACUGUGAAUGAGAGGUCAUGUGUUGUUAAAGAAAAGAACAAUGAACUUUGCAACGAAAAUAGUAAUUGCCUUCAACAUAUAAAUAGGUCAAAUUUAAAGGAAAAAAUAACAAGAUCAGAUAUAAUGCCACAAGUUAUUGCAAGCUGUAUAAUCCAUUGUAUAGUCAUAAAGGUUGGUGUAAACAUGGCUUUUAGUACAGUUUUGCUAAACGACCUGAAGUUAGACAAUAUUGGAAUGACAAUAACACAAAACGAAGAAUCUUGGAUAGCAAGUCUAGUUACAAUAACAUUGCCAAUAGGAUCUAUUAUAUCAGGCUCUUUAAUGGAUAAAUUUGGACGCAAAGUGGUUUGCCAAUUAUCAUGUGUUCCUAUGAUAAUAUCAUACAUUUUAUUCAUAUUUGCCAAAUCUGUAAUUAUUAUUUAUGCAGCUCGGUUUAUAGCUGGAAUUGCAUCAGGUUUAACAACUACUGGUAUGAUUUACAUAUCAGAACUUUCUAAUCCAAAAAUCAGACCAAUGCUUCUGUGCCUUAAUUCUGUAUAUGUUUCAUUGGGUAUAUUAAUAACCUGUUGCCUAGCUGCACUAAUAGAUUGGCACAAAAUGGUUAUAAUUUUUCUUAUACUAGAGUGUUGCAUCUUUUUUGCACUUUUCUUUUUACCUAAAAGCCCGUACUGGCUCGCAUGCUUUAGAAGUGGUAUGUUAGACGAAAAACGGACUCGCGAAAUGAAAUGUAACCUGAAGCGACUUAACAGAAGACAAACGAUUUAUGAACAGGAGUACGCACGAAUUAUGGAGAUCGCCCGAAAUCGUGUUACAAAUGAAAAAAAAUCGAACACUGUAGUUGCAUCCAUAAGAAAUUAUUAUUACAAAUUUAUAUUACCGAGCGCUUAUAAACCUAUAGUGAUACUUUUUGUACUUUUUUUGUUGCAACAACUUUCUGGUUCAUACGUCAUCAUAUUUUACGCCAUGUCGAUCUUUAAUGAAAUGAGUGAAGUACUUGGCCACAAUUUUAAUGAAAACAGUGCGCUCGUUAUGUUAGGCAUCGUUAGAUUCGUUAUAAGUAUAUUAACAGUUUUUUCUAGUAGACGAUAUGGUAGAAGGGUUAUUUGCAUCUUGAGUGGAAUUGGGAUGACUAUUUCAAUGUUUCUUUCUGGAAUAUAUGUGCAUUUUAUGGUGUCACAUGAAGAUACAAAAGAAACCAUGGCGGAUUAUAAAUGGAUAUUACUUCUCUUUGUAUUAUCUUACAUUUGCUUUAGUACAUUUGGAAUUAUAAAUAUACCAUGGACACUUAUUGGAGAAUUGAUUCCUAUGUCCAUACGUGGUAUUGGUGCAGGUCUCAUAGUUUCUCUUGCUUACAUAAUGAUGUUUGCUGUCAUCAAAAGUUACCCAUAUAUUUCAAAAAGUGUGAACAUUGGAAAUAUAUUUUUUUUAUUUAGCUCCACAUCUUUAAUAUGUACAGCUUAUGUAUAUUUCUUUUUACCAGAGACAUUUAACAAAUCUUUCUCUGAUAUAGAAAAAAUAUUCAAUCCUAAGAGUAAGAGAGAAGUAAGAAAACAGUGUGAUGUUGAUUCUACAAAUUGUUAAUUUUAUAUUCUUUUUUAUAUUAGCUAAGAUAUAUAUAUACUAAUAAUAUUUGUUAAGGGAAGUUAAGAAAAUUUUUUGUUUAAGUUAUUAUGACAUGAGAUUAUAUUAAUGCAUGAAAUAUUUAAAUGUCUAGAAUAAUAAAUGUGCAAUAAAAUGAUAAUAUGUUGAAAAAUUUAUAUUACAAAAUUGGUGCACCAAA